ACCAAUCGUGGCCACGCCUUGUAUUCCUUUCGAAACGCACGUGCGAACUGCGGGACCGCGCGCGCUCGAGUAGUGAGUGCGUCGCCCCGUGAAAAAGUCGGACAUCGUCGUCGCUCUCCGCGUAUCGGUCGGCACCGAACGGACGAUUCAAAAGGGUGUGCGUGUGCGUGAUCGAAUAAUAAAUUGGAACGAGGACCAGCGAGAAAGCGAAGACACGGACGGAGAAGAGGAGUUUCGCGUCAACUGAAGACAGACAACUACAAGAUAUAGAAAACGCUCGUUAUAUUGAACAUAUAUAUACACCCCAUCGUCAUCCUCAUCGUUUUCUUCUCCUUCGUCGCCGUCGUCGUCGUUUAAAUGGUCGCGGAAAUGGCAGUCGGCGCGCAGAUAGACACGUCUGAACGGGACACCGCUAACUCGACGAUUCCCUUGCUGAACGGCGACCAGAAACACGAGAACGCAAAGACGACCGAGGUGAAACAGGAAGCAGAAGAGAGCGGAAGUACGAGCUCUGCUGGGGAGAACGUUGUGGAAAAGGGAGAAGUCGAAGCGACGAAGGAAAGCGAGAAAGAGAAGGACAAUAAGAAUAACGAUGGGAACGAGAAGGAAACGGACGUUGUUGAUAAGGAGAAGGAUCAGAAUGAGCAAGAAGUCGUCUUCAUUCAGGACAUGGGCUUUACCGUCAAGAUUGUCAGCCCAGGUUCUGAACCUUUCGACAUACAAGUCUCCAGCAUGGAGCUUGUGCAGGAAAUCCAUCAGCUACUCAUGGAUCGCGAAGACACGUGCCACCGCACAUGCUUUUCACUGCAGCUGGAUGGCAACACAUUGGAUAACUUCGCCGAGCUGAAGAAUAUUGAGGGUCUGAAGGACGGUUCAAUCAUCAAGGUAGUAGAAGAGCCGUACACGAUGCGAGAGGCACGCAUACACGUGCGACACGUGCGUGAUCUUCUCAAGUCCGUGGAUCCCGCAGAUGCUUAUAAUGGUAUUGAGUGCAGCAGUCUAUCAUUUCUCAAUGCCGUUACGAACGGUGAUAUCUUAGAGAAGAAGAAGACUCGAGCGGAUUCGGUUGAUUGCACGCCGCCCGAUUACAUUAUACCCGGAUGUAAGGAUAGGCCCUUGUUUCCUCUCCAGCCGCAGAUGAAGGAGCAAAAGUGCCCGCCGUGCCUAAAGGUCCUAACAACGUCAGGAUGGAAUCCACCGCCCGGUCACAGAAAGCUUCAUGGAGAUUUGAUAUAUUUGCAUGUAGUCACAUUGGAGGACAAACAGUAUUAUUUGACCGCAUGCGCUAGAGGUUUCUUUGUUAACCAAUCGACCAAAGAAGUGUUCAAUCCUAAACCGGCCACACCUAGUCACUUAUGUCACAGCUUGAUUGAGCUGUUGAAUCAACUUAGUCCGGCCUUUAAACGAGGAUUUGCCGCUAUGCAACGACGUAAGACUCAAAGGCAUCCUUUUGAGCGAGUGGCAACACCUUAUCAACUCUACGCCUGGAGUGCACCGCCAAUCGAACACACCAUUGAUGCCAUUCGCGCAGAAGACACUUUCUCUUCAAAAUUGGGAUAUGAAGAACAUAUUCCGGGGCAAACUCGCGACUGGAACGAGGAACUGCAAACUACGAGGGAAUUACCACGUAAAAACCUUCCUGAGAGAUUGCUACGAGAGCGUGCCAUUUUCAAGGUUCACAGCGAUUUUGUGGCCGCCGCAACUCGUGGAGCGAUGGCGGUGAUCGAUGGUAAUGUAAUGGCGAUCAAUCCCGGCGAGGAAGCCAAAAUGCAGAUGUUUAUCUGGAAUAACAUCUUCUUUUCUCUCGGCUUUGACGUGCGUGAUCAUUACAAAGAGUUGGGCGGUGACGCUGCUGCUUUUGUUGCGCCCCGCAAUGAUCUACAAGGUGUCCGAGUAUAUGCAGCCGUGGACUUGCCUGGUCUUUAUACUCUCGGCACCGUUGUUAUCGAUUACAGAGGCUACCGCGUCACAGCGCAAUCUAUUAUACCGGGUAUACUGGAACGUGAACAGGAACAAUCGGUAGUCUAUGGAUCUAUCGACUUUGGAAAGACAGUUCUCACACAUCCCAAGUACCUUGAAUUGCUGAAUAAAGCUGGUCAACAGCUAAAGAUCCUUCCUCAUAAAGUGAUCAACGAUGCCGGUGAAGAGAUCGAACUUUGCAGCAGUGUAGAGUGCAAGGGUAUCAUUGGUAACGAUUCGCGACAUUACGUGCUGGAUCUGUUAAGAACUUUUCCGCCGGAUGUAAAUUUUUUGAAACUGGAAGGUGUCGAGCUGAGCAAGGAAGCACGAGCCUUAGGCUUCCCAGUAGAGCAUAAACACAGACUGGCCUGCUUACGCCAGGAGCUCAUAGACUCGUUUGUUGAAGCCAAAUAUGUGCAAUUUAUCAAGCACGCAGCUGUUCAUCUUCAGCAACUCACAUCAGCUAGAAGAUCUCAGAAGGAGAAAGAAGCAACUACUAAAGAAGAUAAAAAGGAGGAUUCGACUGCCAUGGUGACGGUGGAUAGUAACAAGGAAGAUUGCGCCCAAUCGCUGAUAGAAGCUGAUGAAGCUAAAAAGAUUGUCGAGAGCAUUACGGAUUCGAUCACGGGUGGCGAGAAACAAGAAUUGGAGGAGAGUACCAAGGAAAUAGUGCGAAGAGCCGCAUCGGCGGUGGGCAGUCUACGAGAUGCCGAGUUCGACGUGAGAUUUAAUCCGGAUGUGUUUUCGCCCGGCGUUAAACAUCCGGAUUUCAAUGGCGACGAUCUAAAAAAACAGAAGCAAUUAGUGAAGGAUGUUGCAGAUUUCUUACUUACAGUGCAGCUGCCGACGUUCAUACGAGAGUGCCUAGAUCAUACAGCGGCUGCGAUGGAUGGCAGUACGUUGGUGGAGGCUCUCCAUGGUAGAGGUAUCAACGUUCGCUAUCUCGGUAAAUUGGCGGCCAUGCUAGCUGCAGUACCACAGCUACAAUAUCUUAAUCGCAUUGCUGUAUCCGAAUUGAUUCUUCGAUCGGCCAAACACAUUUUCACCUCUUAUAUGCAGGGUACAGAACUGAUGGGCCUGUCCGCAGCCGUCAGCCACUUUCUUAAUUGUUUGCUGUCCUCGGCGCAAAUAAUACAUCCGCAACAAAAUCUGGAAGAGCUUCAGAGCAAAACGGCGAAACGCCGCAAUAAACGCAAAGGUAGAAAUAACGGUCCACAACAGUCGGAAGUAGAGUGGGCAUCGUUGACACCUAAAUCAUUGUGGCAGCAAAUUAAAGGUGAUUUGAAGGCCUAUUAUGAUUGGGAAACGCCAAGUCCAGAGUCUCUGGACGCUACAAUAGAGCACUUCCAUUUGCAAAAGAUUUCGCUGCUGCGUGGCUUCUGCAUCAAGACCGGCAUUCAGAUAUUGCUACGCGAAUAUAACUUCGAGAACAAGAACCGAGCAACGUUUUUCGAGGAUGAUAUACUGAAUAUUUUCCCCGUCGUCAAGCAUAUCAACCCUAGAGCUAGCGAUGCGUACAAUUUUUAUACAACCGGCCAAAGCAAGAUUCAACAAGGAUAUUUGAAGGAUGGAUAUGAGUUGAUUAGCGAGGCACUAAAUCUACUGAAUAAUGUUUACGGCGCAAUGCAUCCCGAGAUCGCACAAUGUCUCAGAAUGCUGGCGAGACUGAAUUACAUAAUGGGCGAUUACGCGGAGGCGCUCGCUACUCAGCAAAAGGCAGUUCUUAUGUCAGAGAGGGUCAAUGGUAUUGAUCAUCCGUACACCAUUACAGAAUACAUACAUCUCGCCUUAUACUCCUUUGCCAAUGGCCAAGUGUCUGUAUCAUUAAGAUUACUGUACAGAGCACGUUAUCUGGCGUUAUUAGUCUGCGGCGAGGAUCAUCCAGAAGUGGCCUUGCUCGAUAGUAACAUUUCGUUGAUCCUACACGCAGUUGGCGAAUAUGAGUUGUCACUGCGCUUUUUGGAACACGCGUUAGCUCUCAAUCUACGUUAUCAUGGUCCGCGUUCGCUCAAGGUCGCAGUGUCGUAUCAUUUAGUGGCACGCACGCAGUCGUGUAUGGGCGAUUUUCGGGCGGCGCUGAACAACGAGAAAGAGACGUAUGCGAUCUACAAGCAACAAUUGGGUGAGGAGCAUGAGAAGACGAAAGAAAGCAGCGAUUGUUUGCGUCACCUGACCCAGCAGGCGGUUGUAUUGCAAAAGAAGAUGAAUGAGAUCUACACGGGCAAGUCUGGCGUGAGUUUACCGCCGAUUCAGGUGCAGCCGCCUAGUAUGGGCUCGGUGCUAGAUAUGCUCAACGUCAUUAACGGCAUCCUCUUCGUGCAAAUUAGUCAACAAGACAUUGACAACUUUAAGGCGGAGAUCGAAAAACGGCAGAAAGAACAAUCGCAGUUGGAUAGCGAGGCUGCCAAGACCGAAAAGGACGUAAAGAAAGACGACAAGGAUACGAAAAAAGUACCUACGAUGAUGGAGAAGAAAAUUGAAAAAGUCGAGCAAAAAGCCGAGACAAAGAAACUGGAAACUAGCAAAACUGGAUCUUUGGAGCCGGUCGUGGCGGCGGAGAGCUGAGCUUUUCGCUUGUCAACGAACACCAGUAGUCUUUCUUUUUUCUUUUUCUAAGCCCUAGUCCCUCGUGGAAAUAAUUUUGCACGAAGAUUGUCGUGUGUGUACGGUAUUAUUUAUAUAUAUAAUAUAUUAUAUAUAUAAUUAUAUAUUAUAUAUAUAAAAUAAUGUAUAUAUACAUAAUAUAUAUAUUAUACAUACACAUAGAUUUGAUAUUUGCACUGUUUUGUUAUAUCGUCUAAAAACAGUUGAAGAAUCGAAAAGAGAUAAGAUGCAAAAUAAUGUCGUCAUAGUGUGUUCGCGAAAAAAGAGAAAAAUACAUAAUACAUUCGCGCGAAAGAUUGAAUUUUCACGCGAAGAACGCACACACUUAUUUGUUAUACCAAAUGUAUAUAACAAGAAGAUAAAGAAGUGCCAUGUCGCUUAAAAAGCAAUCUUCAAGCGUCUUAAAUGUCUUAAAUGUAAGAGGUAUCCUCUUCGCAUCACGAAAUCAAAGAGCAAUGUGAUUUCUUUAUUUGUGCGCGACCAUAAAUUUCUUUCCUUUUUUAAAGAGGCAACUGUCAUUUUGUCGAAACGAUCUAAAUAGCGUUGAAAAAUUGAUCGAAUUUAUAGAAAGUUCUGAAAAUAAUCUUUUCUUUCUUUUUCCCUCUAUUAUGUAUAUCAUGUUUUAUUAGUCCUUUUUGUGAAAUCGCCAUGUGCUGUUUUUUCAUUGGCUUUCGUUGUCGUUAUUAGUCGCUAUCAAUAAAAAAAAGAAAGCACCACGAUAUAUCUAAAUAAUAUGCGUAUAAUCUAUAAUCUUUCUUCAUUCAUUACAGCAGUCACGUGAAAGUGCUUCCUCUUGUACGAAUAUCAUUGAAUUACAUAUUUAAGUUUUUAUUCCUAAAAUGUCAAACUCUACAUUAUAUCUUCAACAAUUUCACCAGAGAUGAGACAAGAGUAUACAUAGCAUUGUUACCUCCAUGUUCGUUAUAAGGACACAAUGAUUGAUCGUUAAUUGAGUCACCGCGUUUAUAUAGUAAUCGAUUUUAAAUUUCGCGAUUAGAAUCGAAAAUAAAUAAACGAGAAAUAAUUGUUACUAUGCUGUUAAUAUUAAUUUUUAUUCGUCUCGCCUCUUCCGCGGCUGGAGUUAAAGUCUUUCGCGGUUUGAUUAAUGCGAUAUAGUAAUAGUUAAUAAUUUAGCAUGCAAUAAUGAUAGUAAAGAUAAACGCGAGGUUUUUAAUUAUCAAAAUAGCGGCCGAUUAACUUGUUUCAUCGUUUUUAUAGAUUUUAAGCGAAAUAUUUUAGGUGAGUAUCAAUAUUUUUUUUCGCAAAUUUUAAAAGUAAGAUUGAUCAAUCGUCAACAAAGCGAUGUAUUGCCGCGUCGAUCGCUUGUCUCGGACGGAUUCAUUUUCCCAUUGCAAUAAUAAAUAAUAAUAAUAAAUUAGUAUAUUACACUUGUUAGCGAAAUUGUACUAUAAAAAGCGAGAGAGGAGUAUAUUAAUUAUAAGGUCUAUAAUAUUAUACACAAAUAAAAAAGUUACGAAUUUGAUUUACAUAUACCAUCCUGUUACAGCAGACUUAAACAUGUUGCAUGAAUAAAAUCGUUUUAUAUGUACAA